ACGCUCUGCAAACAUGCGUGACGUAUUUCCGCCAGCUGUUCUUGUUUCGCUCUAUUCUCCUAUUUUUUUUCUCGGGGUUCUGUAGAAUAGAUACCCACAGGACCAACCCGGAACCGAACUGAAACACCCGCGAGACCCGCUACCGGUCCGGGCCGACCCACGUUCCUGCCUGUUGGACUUGACCACUGCCGACAUCGAGCAUCUAGGUUGUGCCGGUCCCGGUCCCAGGCGCCCUGUUCGGUUAGAGAGAGGGAAAGGGGUCGGUGGGAGUCCGGAUGGAAAGCGCAGAUGGAGCGGACGAACCGGGACUCCGGCUCGGCUGCGUCGCCUUCAACCAAGACUCCACGUCUUUGGCCUUGGGGACGAGGGCUGGGUACCAGCUGUUCUCUCUUACUCUGGUGGAGGAGCUGGACUGCGUUCACAAGAGUGCAGACACACCAGGCAUCUACAUCGCGGAGCGCCUGUUCUCCAGCUCUCUGGUGGUAGUGGUGAGCUCCAACGAGCCACAGCGCAUGCACAUCUAUCACUUCAGGAAAGGGACGGAGAUUUGUAGCUACAGCUACCCACACCGCAUCCUCUCCGUCAAGCUGAACAGACAGAGGCUGGUGGUGUGCCUCCAGGAAUCCAUUUAUAUCCACAACAUCAAGGACAUGAAGCUGCUCCAGACUCUGUUCAACACUCCAUCCAACCCCUCAGGUCUCUGUGCUCUGUCUGUUUCUCAGUCCAGCUCCUACUUAGCGUACCCCGGCAGCGCCACGGACGGGGAGGUCAUCGUGUACGAUACCAAUAGUAUGAGCUCCUUGACAAAGAUCCCGGCCCAUGAUAGUCCUCUGGCAGCUCUAGCCUUCAGCGCCUCUGCCACCAACCUCGCCAGUGCCUCAGAAAGGGGAACCGUCAUCCGGGUCUUCUCGGUUCCUGAGGGUCAGCGUCUCUUCGAGUUUCGCAGAGGCAUGAAGAGGUAUGUCAGUAUAAACUGUCUAUGCUUCAGCCCUGACGGACACUUUCUCUGCGCUUCCAGCAACACAGAAACUGUUCAUGUCUUUAAACUGGACCCCCUGGGACCAAGCGGAGUGGAUGGUGCAGCCACCUGGACAGCUUAUGUGGGGAAGAUGUUCUCCGCAGCCAGCAGCUACCUCCCUGCUCAAGUGUCUGGUGUGAUGAGCCAGGACCGGGCUUUCGCCACUGCUCACCUGCUGUCGACCGGCCAGAGGAACGUUUGCACCUUGGUCCCGAUCCAGAAGCUUCUUCGGCUGCUGGUGGCCACUGCUGAUGGCCAGCUGUUCAUCUAUGACGUAGAUCCUCAAGAUGGAGGCGAGUGCAGGUUGGCUCACAGCCACAGGCUUACUGGGGUCGAUGACCUAAUGGACUUAGAGGGGUCAAAGGUCUCAGCUCAGGUUUCUCCAUCUUAUGCUGAAACUGCUGCCCUACCAGCCUCUAGUGUCGUUGCUGCAACUCUCACUGGCUACUCUGAAGAUGGUGGGGCUAAAAAGGGAGAGGUCAUUCCAGAGCACGAGUUUGCCACUGGACCUGUACGUCUAGACGAUGAGAACGAGUUUCCCCCUAUUGGUUCGUGCCACUGUGGGACCGGAAGUGGACAGAGGUGAUGCUCCUGAGAGGUACAGAUAAGCAGAGAGAAGACAAGAAGAGCGAAAAAGAACUGUUCUAGGAUUCCAACGGUUUCUUUGGUUUACAACUGAGCUCAACAGGAAGGUCUCCAUAACGCCGAGGAAGUAAAAACCAUCAAAGUAGAUGUUACAGAUGCAGCCUCUCGAAUCUGGCCCCUCCUCACGAUUGAUUCAAUCAAUUGAAUAUUUUAUCUGAUCACACAUGAAAGCAGACAUGGGGAACCUCGGUGAUCUCUGGACUUCACAAUCAGAUGUCUGUAUCUACCAGCAGGUUGUUUGGUCCUGCUCAACUACUGUUUGGUUCUCAGAUAUUCUCAGGUGUUUUUAGCUGGACGUCUGGGUUCAUUGUUCUGCUUGAGGACCCGUGGUCUGAGACUGAGACCAAACUUUUUUACUCUGUGUAGCACAUUUGCUCCAGAAGGUCUUAGUCUUGAGAUUUGAUUGGACGCUGAACAGAUUCCAGACUUCCUGGGUCAGAUGCAACAAAGUAGGUCCAGAACAGAACCGGGUCUCCUCCAAGUCCCCCUGUAGGCCCAGUGUUCUUAAAGCUGAUGUGAUUCAUUCAAUUCAGUUUAUUUAUAUAGGGAGCCUAAGUCUCCUCCCCUUCCGGUCGGCUCAUGGGUCCCCGGAAGAACGAAAAAAUGAAGUAAACGGGGCUAAAAACGCUAUUUUCUAAUCUGCUUUGCCUUACGUCCUGGAUCGCACAUAUGCUGUACUGCAAUUUAAAUGAAAAGUAAUGAUGGGUGUUUCGACCACGCCAGUCACGUACUUUCAAGAGAAAGAGAGAAUUUGAAGACACCUUCCAGUGCUACUUAGACACGUCAUCAGUGAAGAACCCGGGGUCAUGGGAUGUUUCGGGUCUUUAAUCUUCAUUCACCCUCACCCGGGCAACCCAGUUGGGGGUGAUCAGUCCCCAGCUUGUGUUCAAGUGGCCUAUUGCUCCACGGAUCCCCCCUGCGGAUCCACAGCCACCGUGAGGCCCUCUCUGCGGCCUCGAGGAUGGUUUUGGUGGCUUUCUUCAGUUGCAGUCCUCUUACUCCAAGGAGUUUGAGUGUUUGCAGUAGUGAGUGGCCAGCAAAGCCUCUGCACCCAACCUCGACAGGCUCACAGCGAACUUUCCAGCGAUUGUUCCGGCACUCCGAGCUCAGCUCUGCAUACUUGGCCCUCUUUCGCUCAUGGGUCUCUUCGAUACGGUCUUCCCAAGAGACUGUCAGUUCUAGGAUGACCACCUGCUUGGUAGACUCAGAUGUUAUCACCAUAUCUGGGUGGAGAGACAUAGCUGUGAUGUUUGCUGGGAACUUGAGCUGUCUACCUACAUCAACUUGAAACUGCCAAUUGCGAGCAGUAGAGAGAAGCCCCCCUUGGGAGCUGGGCCGGUGGUAUUGUGCCUUCUGCCCUGCUUUAGGUGAUAGCUUUUUGGGGAACUGCCUGGGUCUUGCUGUGCUGGAUUACUGUGCAGAUUGAAUCCGCCAAAGCUUUAAGCACCUGGUCGUGGCGCCAGCUGUAAUGUCCCUCCCCUAGCACGUUUGAGCAACUGCUUAAGAUGUGCUCCAGGGUGCCUCUCUUCUGGCACAGCUUACACUCAGGAGUGUCUGCCAGUCCCCAGGUGUGUUGAUUGGCUUGGCUUGGGAGGACGUCAUAGACGGACUUGACAAGGAAUUUGAUCCGAACAGGCUCGGCUUUCCAAAGCUCUGUUCAGGAGAUUCUGCGAGACUCAGCUUGUUCCCACCUGGUCCACGCUCCUUGUUUGGACAUGCCGGGCAUUUUGGUGCAGCGUUCUUCUUCCACCUCAGCUCAGAUCUUAUCCUGAAUCAGUCUGCACCUCUCUUUUCCCAAGCCAGAUUGUAGCAUGGCAUAGGAAAACAACCAAGACCUGCUUGUCCUGUUGAGUGAGUGAGAAGAGAGAUACAGAUAUUAUGCAGCCAGUGAUUAUCCCCUUUGCUAGUUGGUGCCAAGAGGAUGUUACUUGCCCUGAAGAGACUUGUGCGCUGAAGUUAUUGUAGUAGUCUAUAAUGAGAUUGCGGACCUUGACACGAAUAUGAUGUCUUACCAGUUUUAACCAGCUUGUGUGGAAUAGAUCCAUAGACAUUGGCCAGGUCCAGCAAGAUAACUGCCAGAUCUCCUUUGUCUUCCUUAGCCUCCCGGAUCAGCUGUGUCACCACCCCUGUGUGGUCCAGACAACCAGGUACUCCUGGAACUCCUCCCUUUUGGACUGAGGUGUCAAUGUAGUUGUUUUUCAGGAGGAAGUUUCAAACGCUGGGACACGAUCUUGAAGAAGAUCUUACUUUCAACACUGAGCAGCGAGAUGAUACAAAACUGUUCAAUGUUACAAGACCCCUCUUUCUUCGGGAUCCAAACUCCCUCAGCAUACCUCCAUUGUGCGGCAACUUUCCCUCUCCACCAGAUCACCUUCAUGAACUUCCAGAGUCGUCUCAGGAGCUUCAGACACUGCUUAUAGACUUUGGAAGGGAUCCCUCUGGGGCCAGGAGCAGAGCUAGAUCUUGCUGCUCUAACAACUUCUUCCAUCUCCUUCAGUGUUGGUUCUGCGCUGUUGAAUUGUGUCUCUGGUUCGGGAGGUGCUACCAACUCCCUACACGGUCCAAGGUUAAGGUCCCUCAUGAUGUCACAGAAAGUUGCGUGCAGAUGGUUGUCAAUUUCCUCUACCGGGCACACGAGGUGGCCACUUCGCUUCUGUCCCAGUAGUUUAUUGGUGAAGCCGAAGGGAUUGCAAAUGAAGGCAGCUUGUAAAGUUCAUAGUUAGCAUGACUACAAACUACACAUCAGCACGUCACCACAGAAUCUCCUCUCCCCUAGCGUAGCUGCUACUUACCAUAUGGCCAGAUUCAUGGUGGUUCUUUCCCCCCGAAGGAAGGAUUUUAAGUUUGCUAAACUUAGUCAUCUUCCCUCUGUUUUUCUCCGUGUCUGGUUCAGUGACACGAAUUUGUAGUCCUGGACUUAUUUUCACACAAAACCUUAAAUAAUGUUUCCACCUGUUAGAAAACAAAAGCGUUCUUGGUAUCAAAAUGCAUCUGUAAAAUUCACGGAUAUCAUUUAUGAAAUCCAUGGCACAUAACAAGCGGAAUUAGAAAAUAGCGUUUUUAGCCCCGUUGCAUUCAUUUUUUUGUUCUUUCGAAGACCCAUAGUCCUUAAGUAGAUGGGCGUGACUUAGGCUCCUUAUAGCGUCAAAUCAGGACAAGAGUCAUCUCAAGGCACUUCACAAAGUAAACAUCCCAGUACAGGCCAGGUUACUAAGCCAAUCAAUUAAAAGUUUCCUAUAUAAGGAAACUAGCAGGUUGCAUUGAGUCAUUGACUAGUGUCAGAGUCUUUACAGCAAUCUUCAUAUUAAGCAAGCAUUUAGUGACAGUGGAGAGAAAAACUACCUUUUAACAGGAAGAAACCUCCAGAGGAUCCUGGCUCAGUAUAAGCAGCCAUCCACCAUGACUCACUGGGGAUGGAGAAGACCGAGGUCCCAGAGGCUUUGGGACUGGUCAGCAUGGACUCUGGUUGAUGACCACCUCGUGUGGAUGUGAUGUAAUAAUGUGUGUGAGAUAACGCUGCUCCUGAAGCUAUUCUGCAUCCACAAGUUUAGCUUUUAAACAUUAACUGUGACCCGAGUGAGAAACUGGGGGAAAUAGUUUGUCUAACAAUCGUAGGUGCAUGCUGCAGAGGUGGCAUAACCAUAUAACAUUUUUACUCAAUAAAUAUCUUUCUAUUCAUUUGCAUUAUAGUAGCAGCAGCCUGGAUUCCUAUUAGAUUACAUAUCAUUUGUUUUGGGUUGUGUAAGAUUUGACUUGUAUUCUGUGUUUGUGCGUGUGUCUGCUGGUGGAAAGGUGAUUUUUUUUGUGCCUGAAACCUUUAAAAGUUAAGCGUUUUACUGAAUACCCAAAACAGGAAAAAAAAACUAACAGAAAGAACAAACUCAGAGUAAGACUGAACCUAUGCAAAACUCUGUUGUGUUAUUUUGUGCAUCUGAUGAAUCAAUAAACAGUUGUGCUGAUGUUUA